UACAGGAAGAGGAAAAUGAACUGCUUUAGGCCCAAGAGAUCAAAAAGUUCCCCGACUAUGACUCCAGCAUCGGCUGAUCAGUUACCAAAGCAAGAAAUCCCAGAAAGCAAAAAUGUAAGACAUGAAGUUCUAUUGAGCAUUCCAGGAUGCAAAGCUCAUCUGAUGGAUGCAGGAGAAACCGUUGAGCUCGCCAGCGGAGAUUUCGAGCUUGUUCGUAUAUCAGAUGAUAAUGUUUCUCUUGCUACUGUCAUAAAGAUUGGUGAUGAACUUCAGUGGCCUUUGACAAAAGAUGAACCUGUGGUGAAGCUUGAUGCUCUUCACUAUCUGUUUUCUUUACCAAUGAAAGAUGGUGAUCCUUUGAGUUAUGGCAUAACAUUUUCAGGACUGAACAGCGGGAAUUUGGGAUUGCUGGACUCGUUCCUCAGUGAGCAUGCAUUAUUGACAGCAUCAGCAUCGGCGACUAAAAAUAAGAACGUCAAUUGGAAGGAGUUUGCACCGAGAAUUGAUAACUAUAACCAUGUCUUGGCAAAGGCUAUCGCGGGAGGUACAGGCCAGAUUGUCAAGGGAAUCUUCAAAUGUAGCAAUGCUUAUGCCAACCAGGUUCAUAAAGGAGGGGAAACAAUUUUGGUAGCAGAGGGAAAUAGUGUUUCGGCAACUUCCAGUAAAAGGAGCAAUAAUAGUGAUUCCCAAAAGAAGAAUGCUGUGAAUAAAAGCCUGAAACGUGUGAGAAAGUUGUCCAAGAUGACAGAAAAGAUGAGCAAAGCAAUGCUUGAUGGGGUUGGUAUUGCCACUGGGUCAGUGAUGGCACCAGUUGUUCGAUCACAAGCUGGAAAGGCAUUCUUCACCAUGCUACCAGGGGAGGUACUCUUGGCUUCCCUUGAUGCUGUCAACAAGAUUAUCGAUGCAGCUGAAGCUGCUGAGAAACAGGCUUUGUCUGCUACAUCAGGCGCUGUGACAAGGAUGGUGACUAAAAGGUUUGGAGAAAGUGCAGGGGAGGCAACCGAAGACGUGCUGGCGACUGCAGGACACUGUGCAGGCUUCGCCUGGAACGUGUUCAAGAUAAGGAAAGCCAUAAAUCCUGCAUCAUCUGCGUCCUCAGGGGUUCUCAAGAAUGCAGCAAAGACUGGAACUAUGCGAUAGAUUGAUUAAGCCCGUAAUUGAAUUCAAAUUGAUUUAUAUAUUGCCCUUUUUUUCUUCCGGGGAACAUUUAUCACUGCAUGAAGAAUUGUGGUUCGAAGCUUGAUGUCUCGUGUAUCUUAAUAGCUCUCAUAUUCGAGUGUAACAAUGGUCUUGAAUGGUAGUGUACUAUAAUCAUUUAAUUAACUAUUCUAU